AUGUUGGCACGAGAGCGGGACGACGAAAGGCGUGGCAAGAGUGCGGGCGAGUUUGAGCGCACCGGGGGGGGUUGCGGGAGCGACGAAGUUCAGUGGGCCAUCGCGUAUGAGGACGACAGGCGUCCGGAAAAGGCGGACCGCUCGGAAACCGCGAGCAAACCAAGAGGAAAAGCGCGAGUAUCGGUUGGAAUCCGGAGAGUUACGAGACGGGAAAAAGUGCUGCCACGUGGCAGUUCGCUGGAUUCCUUCCCGCAGAGGUGGGCGUUCAGGCCGUCACUGCGCGUGGAGGCGCAGGCGAAGAAGAGCGCGAUCGCGGCGCAGCGGAUUCUGGGGCAGAAGCUCAAGAAGGCGCGCGCAGAGGGGGCGGAGCUGGACGCGGAAGUUAGCCGUCUGCAAGAACAGCUCCAGAGCAAGGCCGCCGAGUGCCACCUGGCACACCAGCACGUGACGUCAGCUCAGAAGGCCCUGCACGCCCUGGAAGUAGACCACCAAAAGGCCCUGUUUCGGGCGGCAGCGGCCGCUCAGGAAGAGCGGCUGCGAGCCGCCGGAAAGCUAGCAGAGCUUGAGGCGCUAGUGGGCUUCCGCGAGACGGAACUCCGACGGAAGGGGGGGGAGGCGGAAGCACUGCGAGCGGAACGGAAACGGUGGCGCGGUCAGAGUAGCAGAGUUGGAGGGGGAGAUGCAGCGCGUGCGGGGACUGCUGGUCAAGGCGGACGAAGAGGCCAAGACGGAAUUUGUGGAGAGUUACCGGAGGGAGAGGGAUGCAGCGACGAGCCCCCCGCGCUGACGUUCAUCCAAGUUCAGCUGCAAAAGGCGGGCGCCGACGAGUCCAAAGCUGAGGAAGUUCGGCCCGGGGACUUGCCCGCAGGGGCAGAACCGGGCCCUCCGCUCCCCGACCGCCGGACACACCCCCCGCCCCUGGUCGGCCGAAUCGGCGGCCGCGGCCGCCUUUCCAUAUUUCCCCGCGACCGCAUGCUCGCAUCCCUCCUGCCCAGCCCCACGUUCGUCCCGGCCCCUCCCCCCCUAGCCGCUUCCGGCCACGGAUCGCCCUUCCUCGGGUCCGUGUCCCGCCCCUAG